AUGGAACAAAAGGGUUUGGCGGAGCCUCCACGUCUUAUGUAUCCCAAUGUGAAAAGACAAAUGUCAGAUCGCUAUUGUCGUUUCCAUAAAGAUACAGGACACACUACUGAAGAGUGUGAACAACUCAAGUUGGCAAUCGAAAGGUUAAACAAACAAGGACACUUGAGCGAGUAUAUAGACAAGUCUCAAAAUAAAAGACGGGAGGAUCACCCAUGUCGAUAUAACAAUAGAGAUCAACAACAACGUCAAAAUGAGGAACCUCCUCGACGCGAUCGAGAUGAAGAUGAUAAUCAACCUACCGGAGGGGUCAUUGACUUCAUUUAUGGAGGACCAGCAGGGGGCGAUUCACAAAACGCGAGACGCGCCCUCGCUCGAUUAGCACGCGUGAGUCAGAAUCACGCAUCUUUUUCCAAAUCCAUCUAUCAGGUACAUAAACGUGAUACCAGCAUCGUCUUCAACUCGUCCGACCUUAAAGGCCCAAAUAAAGAUCAUGUCGAUGCUCUGGUAAUCACAACUUUCGUGGCUAAAUUUUUGGUUAAGAAGAUAUUAGUUGACGGUGGGAGCUCAGCCGAUAUCAUGUAUCUGCAUACAUUUAAGCAGUUGGGCAUAGAUAACGCCCAAUUUUGCCUCGUCACUACACCACUAAAAGGAUUCACGGGAGAAGGUGUUUAA